GGCCUUCCCCUGGGCCGAGCUGCGCAGCGGGAUUUUGGCCAAAUUGGGCGAGGGCACAAAAUAUCCACUUACCCCUUCUCACCGAGGAAGAGCGGGAGAAAGGUUGAAUGUAGUGAACCCUCCUCCAAGGAGAAUCUUCUCUGACAUGCGAGGAUUAGAAACAGAAUGAGCAGAUGGAAGCAGAGGCCCUCUGACCGAGGCGGAGCCCGGGCUCGGAGCUCUACUCUCGGUGGCUGGCGAACCCCAGACCCCAGGGCACGGACCGAAAAACACAGCCUUUGAGGGAAAACAAGCUAAACACUUCCCCAAAACAAGACUGCUGUGCUCUGAUCUAUGGAGGACCCCCCACAAUCGACCUCUCGCUGUUCAGUGUACACGCAUCUGUUUACAAAACCACUCUCUACCAAUACCUUCAGCUGCCAAGGACAAGGAUCAGAUGAGAAGAUGAGAGACGGGGACAUGGGACAGACACGCACCUGCUCACACGCACAGCGUAUGGCACAGUCUCAAGGCUGGGUGAAGAGGUACUUCAAGGCCUUUUGUAAAGGCUUCUUCGUGGCCGUGCCGGUGGCAGUGACCUUCCUCGAUCAGGUCGCCUGCGUGGCCAGAGUGGAAGGAGCAUCCAUGCAGCCCUCGCUGAACCCAGACGGGAGCCGGUCGUCGGAUGUGGUGCUUCUGAACCACUGGGAAGUCAGGAAUUUCAAAGUCCACCGUGGUGACAUUGUGUCGUUGGUGUCCCCGAAAAACCCAGGACAGAAGAUCAUCAAGAGAGUGAUUGCCCUUGAAGGAGAUAUUAUAAAAACCAUGGGACACAAAAACCGCUACGUCAAGGUACCUCGUGGUCAUAUCUGGGUUGAAGGUGAUCAUCAUGGACACAGUUUCGACAGUAAUUCUUUUGGGCCGGUCUCCCUGGGACUUCUGCACGCACAUGCCACACACAUCCUGUGGCCGCCGGAGCGCUGGCGGAGACUGGAGUCCGUGCUGCCCCCGGAGCGCCUGCCGGUCCAGACGGAAGACAAGUGACCGCGGGGACCUCCCCGCGCAGCUGGCGGGGCAGCGCCCCCGCCGCAAGACGGCCCCGUGCAGGGAACACUUCUGUCACAUUAAGAUGAUGGAAGAUGGAGUUUGAAAAUGUUAAAUGGUAUUCAAUGGCACCUGAUUUUGUGAUAGAGUAUAAUACCUAUUGUUUUAUGCCAAAAAAAAAAAAAAAAAUUCGAUUCCUGUAUGCCUUCUGGGGUGAGUGGGAGAUUUUGCUGUUGAUUGUUGGGUUUUGAUUUUGCCGUUUGCUGCUGAAAACAAUGUGAAAAUGAACAUUUGAUUAAAGCAAUUGCUUGAGUAACGUCACUGACGCUUUAGAUGGAACACGAAGGAGCCUAUGAUACACGGACUGAUGGGAAUUACACUGUAACUGACAUCCACAAGGUGGGGCUGCCAGGCGGGACGAACAGUCAACUGUGAUGUACAAAUAAAACACCAA